AUGAAGACAGUCGCGUUCCUUGCCUCGGCGCUCGUGGCGGCCGCGUGGACGAGCGUCCGUGGCAGCUCGCCCGACCUCCAUGAGAUGGCCGCCGUCAAGGACAUGACGGCCUUCGUGCAGUACAUGGCCGAGUAUGAGAAGCCGUACCGGGUCCAUGGCGACGACCACCCGCUCCUCGCCAAGCGCUUCAAGGCCUUCCGCACCAACCUCCGCCGCAUUGAGGAGCACAACGAGCGCUACGAUGCUGGCGAGGUCACGUUCACGCUGGGCUUGAACGAGCUGGCCGAUUUGACGGACGAAGAGUACAAGAGCCGUCUUGGGUACAAGCGCACGAACAAGCGCGGCCAAGCCGCAUUUACGCACACGGCGGACGAGUUCUCGCCCGAGGCUUGGGACUGGCGCGAGCACAACGUUGUUACGCCCGUCAAGAACCAGGGCAUGUGCGGGUCGUGCUGGGCCUUCUCGGCCGUCGCGGCCAUGGAGAGCGUCUAUGCACUUGCCACGGGCAAGCUCGAGUCGUUCUCAGAGCAGGAGCUCGUCGACUGCUGCGAUGGCGGUACCGCUACGUGCAACCGCGGUGGUGAAAUGAGCCACGGCUUCACCGAGAUCAUCGAGAACCAUGGCGGCAAGAUCGACCCCGAGUCGGUGUACCCGUACACGAUGCAGUCCAAGGGCGUGUGCCUCGCCAAGGACGACCAAGCGAUCGGCCACUUUACGGCGUACGCCAACGUCACGUCGGGUGACGAGGACGCGCUCAAGUCGGCGGCCUCGAGCUCGGGUGUCAUCUCGGUCGCCAUUGACGCGUCGAGCUUCAUGUUCCAGCUGUACCGGCACGGCGUCUUUUCGUGGCCGCUUUGCAAGAAUAAGGACGAUGAGCUCGACCAUGGCGUCGCCGUCGCUGGCUACGGCAACUACAAGGGCAAGGACUUUUGGCUCAACAACCAGUGCGGCAUCGCGACCGACGCGUCGUACCCGAUCAUGCCCAAGGCGUCCCAGAUCAAGGACGCGACGCCGUCGCGCAUCGUCGACGACAGCCUGCUGGCGCUCCAGUAA